AGGUCAUAAUUAUAAUCAACGAGAACGAUGGAAGUAAUCUUGUCCAUCGUUCUAUAAUCUACAUAUAUGUUCUAGUAAUCUUGGAUGGAGUGUGUCAGGUGUUUUGCCUUUAUUGCCACAAAAGAGUGUGUGACUGAGUAAGGUAGUGUGUUUGCCUAGAACGACUGAUGUGAAGCAACUGAUAAUUUAACAAAUUUCUAUCUUCAAGCUGGCACUGGGAUCAACCAUUCACGAUGGGGCUCGGGAGAGAGAUGGAGGGCUGCGGCCAAUGUGUUAAAUACCUUCUGUUCAUCGCCAACUUCCUCAUACUGCUGGGCGGUUUCACGGUGCUUGUCGUCGGAGUAUGGACCGUCGUGGACAAGUCCGAGUUCGAGAAGCUGCUGGGCACCGACCUGUACGUCUCGUCGGCCUACAUCCUGAUCGCCACCGGCGUCCUGGUCAGCCUGGUCGCCUUCCUCGGCUGCCUCGGGGCCGUCAAAGAGAUCCGAUGCAUGCUCCUCACGUACUUUAUCAUCCUGCUGGUGUUGUUCGUGGUGCUGCUGGUGGGCGGCAUCCUGGGCUACGUGUUCAACGAGCGUGUCGAGGACACCAUCACCACCACCAUGAUGGGCGAGCUGGACAGCUACAGCACCCGGCAGUCCAUCAAGGACGCCUGGGACGCCGCCCAGCUCAGGAUGGAGUGCUGCGGCGUGGACCGGCCCUCCGACUGGAGGGGUCGUGUUAUCCCCAUGCCUUCCUCGUGCUGUCCUCCCGGCACCGCACUACCCUGUACGGAAGAGUACGCCUACCGGGUGGGCUGCAAGACGCGCAUCAAGCAGUUCGUCAAGGACCACGCCGUGGUGCUCGGCGGCGUCGGAGUCGGCAUCGCUUGCAUCAUGCUGCUCGGCAUGAUCUUCGCCAUAUCGCUCUUCAAGAUGAUCGAGUGAAGUGAUAGCAGGCCGUCUCUGUGAGGACGAGGGGACAUAUCGGCGCGCGGCGCCCGUAGAGACCGAGCGUGUCGAGCCCAGUGACGGAACGGAUGUGCGUCCCGUGCACCGCGUGACGUGACUGUGCUGAUACUGUGACGGGGUGCAUCACGACAUCAUGUUGAUAUCGUAUCAGGACCCGACGUACGUGACAAACGAUAGAGGCUACCGCGUGAGCUCUGCUUGGAAACUGAUGGUGUCGUGUCUGAAGAGACGAGCAGCGAACGCGGAUAUAUGUCGUAGAACGACAGUACGGUAGCCUAUCGUUUUAACGUAUCGAAUGUGCACCUUGUUGGUUUUGUGAAUCGAAGUAUUUAAUGUCUGUGGGAGUCGAAGGAAGGUUAGGCAGGAAGGAGAGACCGGGAAAAGUCACGUGCCACAAGCCGCGCCGCAUCAGCAAUGGAACACCCCGCUAUCGAAAGGUGUUUCCUUCGGUUGCACCAAUAUUAAAAUUGUUCAUAUUUGAAUACCAUUUUGGACGAAAACGUACGUAUCGGAAACGAAUGGGAGCUCACAGUUAUUUACGCUCAAGCACGUUUAAGCUUUACAUGUUGAGCAAAUAUCGAACACCUUAGGACGGCAGUGCUAAAGCUACCGUCCACUGUCGAGGACAAGCCGGUAAGGCAGAUUAUCCAUUGAGUCCAGCGAUGCCUGGUCUCUCCAGGUAUUCGUAUGGACUACAACAGGGUGGAAUGGAGAGGGAUUGUGUGUUCAAUGGUCCACUGCGUACUGUCAAUACCGUACCCGUGUGCACAUACGAUGUACCUGCGCACAAUACACAAUGCAUAAUGAAA